AUGGCAUCAGAAUACAUCAGAUCCACAUUCAGUUCGCUCAGGGAGUAUCUCACUCCGGUAACCCAUACUUCAACAUUCAUUACCACUGGAGAAAUUACCCCGGAGGAGUUUGUUCAGGCAGGCGACUAUCUUGUCUACAAGUUCCCUACAUGGCAAUGGUCUCCUGCGCCGGAAAGCAGGCGACGUGAUUUUCUUCCUCAGGAUAAGCAAUUUCUUGUUACGCGUCAUGUUCCGUCGUAUGUGAGGGCUAUUGAUUAUGAAAAGGGAGAGAGUUCAGACAACAUGGAUGAAUUUACAGAUUCGUUAUCUCCCGAGGAAGCGUGGACUUCACCGCAAACAAAGGGUAUUCGGCGGCACUGUACGCCAGAGGAUGAAAGACGUCACUCCAUGGAAUAUGUGCAAAUGAAGGAGAGUGGUGAUACUGUUAGUGGACACAGUAUAACGACACGUUCUUCUGGAGAAGGGGACAUAAGAGCAAUUACGCCUAAGAUCACAGACGAGUCCACCUCCCUUGGAGAUGAAGAUUUCAUUAAUGAUAUAGACGAAUUGAUUGACGAUGAAGCGGAAGAAUUCAUUGAGGGUGAACACAAGAAUCCGGAGAAUUCACGAGAGGAAAUUGUUAAUGACCCAAGUAAGAGAAGUUAUGACCUGUAUAUCGCUUACUCCACGUCAUAUCGUGUUCCCAAGAUGUAUAUGGUUGGUUUUGAUUUAAAUGGAGCACCGCUAACUCCGGAGCAGAUGUUCCAAGAUAUUGCUAGUGAUUAUAGGCAUAAGACAGUAACUAUUGAGAAGGCACCUUUUCUUACAAAUACUACCUCUGUGUCGAUACAUCCAUGUAGACAUGCCACUGUUAUGAGAGCGUUGAUGAAGAUGGCAUCAAAGAAGAUACAUAAUGUAGAUGAGACUCAGGGAAUACUGAAGGGCGUGAGUAAGUUAGGGUUGGCAGACGCUGCACAACAAACAAGCUCGAGCACAGCUACAACUACAACUGCCAACGCAGAGGCUGAUGACGAGGAUUGGGAAAGCUUGCAAGAUCAACCACAAAGCUCGAUCCGUGUGGACCAGUAUUUGAUAAUCUUCUUGAAAUUUAUGGCCAGUGUGACUCCAGGAAUUGAGCACGACUAUACCAUGGAUGCGCUAUAG